UGGAGACUAGCGUUGUGCUGCAUCGUCAAAAUGAGGUUGCAAAUUAUCCGACUGAAAUUGGAGGAUGAUCCCAAUAAUAACAUUUAUUUGUAUGUGGAUAAGAAUAAAACUCUCCUUGGGAAUAAACUGAAGGUGUUGCUGGAGCUGUACAAAGAGUUUGCUGAAGCCGUGGAGUUGGUGAACCGGGAGAUUCAUGCGUCAGUUUUUAUAUGCGUCGUGUGCAGUCUACCGAAGCUUAUCUCCUACGUUUACAGCAUUUUUUUAGUAUUUGAAGGACAUGCAGUUUACAUCACAUUCGAGUUCAUAUCCGUACACGUGCUACAGGUCUGUCUGUACUUGUUCCUACCGUUCGUCGUAUCUGAGGGAUACUCUAUAGAAAUAGAGAAGAUUCAAUUGAUUCUCAUGAAUAAAUUGAUUAAAGAAACAGAUAAGUCAACAAAAGAGGACAUAGACCUAUUCCUCAGGUACAUUGAUGUGAAGAAUUUCAAAUACAAAGUGUGGAGAAUCAUGCCGCUCUCCAUCACGUUCCCUUUAGAACUAAUUAACAUCUGCACUACGUAUGUCAUUGUUUUGAUUAACUUUACGCAUUUGUAUGACUAA